AUGAUAUUUAAAGUCGAGAGACUGGAUGAGAUCACAAGAAGCUCUACUUUACGAAGUGUUUCUACUGGAUCCUCAAGACCUUCCAAAAUAUGUUUGGUGUGUGGGGAUGAGGCUUCAGGAUGUCAUUAUGGGGUAGUAACCUGUGGCAGCUGCAAAGUUUUCUUCAAAAGAGCAGUGGAAGGGCAACACAACUAUUUAUGUGCUGGAAGAAACGAUUGCAUCAUUGACAAGAUUCGAAGGAAGAAUUGUCCUGCCUGCAGACUUCAGAAGUGUCUUCAAGCUGGAAUGAAUUUAGGAGCUCGAAAGUCAAAGAAGUUGGGAAAGUUGAAAGGGAUUCACGAGGAACAGCCACAGCAGCAGCAGCCACCACCUCCACCUCCACCACCCCAAAGCCCCGAGGAAGGGACAACAUAUAUCGCUCCCGCAAAAGAGCCCUCAGUCAACAGUGCACUGGUUCCUCAGCUCUCCACAAUUUCACGAGCACUCACACCUUCCCCUGCUAUGGUCCUUGAAAACAUUGAACCUGAAAUUGUGUAUGCAGGCUAUGACAGCUCAAAACCAGAUACAGCCGAAAAUCUGCUCUCCACUCUAAACCGCUUAGCAGGCAAACAGAUGAUUCAAGUUGUGAAGUGGGCAAAGGUACUUCCAGGAUUUAAAAACAUGCCUCUUGAGGACCAAAUUACCCUAAUCCAGUAUUCUUGGAUGUGUCUAUCAUCAUUUGCCUUGAGCUGGAGAUCGUACAAACAUACGAACAGCCAAUUUCUCUAUUUUGCACCAGACCUAGUCUUUAAUGAGUAUGAGGAAAUAAACUCUAAAAGAAAAAAAAGUUUUCCUUCUGCACCUUCUUCUUCUGUUGGAGCCUAUGAAAACCCAGGCCCUGCACCAGCAGCUGGAGGGCCAGGGUCAACAGCAGAUGGUCCGAUGGUUUUGCUUGUUGCACAGCACCAGCUUGGAUUGUCUGUGGCUCUUCCAGUUUUCCUGGAAAAUCAAAGUAUAUUUCCCUACCUGCGAGUUCCAAAGGAUGGCCUCAAAAGCCAGGCUGCAUUUGAAGAAAUGAGGACAAAUUACAUCAAAGAACUGAGGAAGAUGGUAACUAAGUGUCCCAACAAUUCUGGGCAGAGCUGGCAGAGGUUUUACCAACUGACCAAGCUUCUGGACUCCAUGCAUGAUCAGAAGGUGUGGCUCUGUGCCCUGGACCAGGGAAGGCCCUCAGAUUUGCUGCAGGUGUCAGAUUGA